AUGUCCGAGAAAGAAACAGCUACCCACAAUCUGGACGAGGUGAGCAGUGUGGAGGACCGCAAGUGGAAUGACGUGGACCAGGCCAUGGCCCUGGCCAAGGAGUCCAAGGAGGUGAUUCUCGACAAAAAGGCCGAUGACGCUCUUCUACGGAAACUCGAUUUUUUCCUGAUGCCUCUGGUCUCCUUCCUGUACGCACUGUUCUACAUUGACAAAGCCUGUAAUGGUUACGCAGCAGUCAUGGGGAUCAAGACAGACAUGAAUAUGGUUGGCAACCAGUACGCCUGGACCUCCUCAGCUUUCUAUUUGGGAUACUUAUGUUUCCAGCCAAUUGCUGGCUACACUCUCCAACGGUUCCCUCUUUCAAGAACGUUCAGCAUAUACAUGUUGACAUGGGCAGUCAUUAUUUGCCUUCAAGCUUCUAAUCACAGCUACGCAGCAUUCACAUUUUUAAGAACACUUUUGGGCUGCUCGGAAGCUUCUGCCUCUGUGUUCACCACCAUUCUGACUUCUCAGUACUACCGGAAAAAAGAGGCUUUUCUGAGAGUGUCAUUUUGGCUUAGUACGGCAGGGUUUGGAGUUUUCUUUGGGUCAUUGAUGUCUUAUGGUAUAGCCAUCAGAGCAGAUCAGUUUUCGAUCCAGCCUUGGAAAAUCCUGUUUAUUGUCGUGGGGCUUAUUUCGCUCACAACUGGAAUCAUUGUCUUCGUUCAUAUUCCAAACACUCCCGGAGAAGCCUGGUUUUUGUACAAGAAAGAGAAACUGCUAGUGGUGGAGAGACUCAGGGAGAACUUCCAAGGUUUUGGAAACAAAAAGUUCAAAAAAUACCAGUGCAUUGAGGCGCUUCUCGACGUGAAAACCUGGCUCUUCUUUUUCUACGCCGUGUCGUUUAAUAUUCCCAAUGGUGGAAUCAGCUCUUUUGGGUCUAUCUUGCUGAAUUCAGACCUCGGAUACUCCCCAACCGAUGCAUUGCUCUACGGAUGUCCUCAGGGUGUCGUAGAAUUUGUUGGACUUCCCAUCAUCGCGUACUUCAUCCAGAGAUACAACUGGCCACGGUUGCUGACCACGAGUAUAGUUAUUGUGGUAUGUCUUCCCUUUGCCUGUAUGCUUGCUUUUUGCAAGGCAACGCACGCAAAGUUAGCAGGCUACUAUUUGCUGAAUUUGAUGCAGAUUGGACCUAUUGGAUGUUUUUCUUAUUUCGCAAGCAACACUCCUGGCCAUACCAAGAAGAUCACAGUCACAGGGAUCUACCUGAUUGGAUACUGUGUUGGCAACCUUAUCGGUCCCCAAACGUACCGCGCUUCAGAUGCACCUCACUACGUUCCAGCAAAGAUCGCUAUACUUGUGUGUCUAGCUGUCGCGGCCGCUUGUAUCUUGGGAGUUUAUAUUCUUUGCAGGAGAGAAAACAACAGGCGCGAUUGCAUGGAUGAAGCACGUCCGGAACUGGCUCCAGAGAAUAUCGAGUUCUCGGACUUGACCGACAAGGAGAAUAUUUUUUUCAGAUACACCCUCUAG